AUGAUCAGUCUGACUCCACCAAGUCACUUGGACGGGGCAAACGGAUCGGGACAAAAAUUAGAUCCGUAUUUGCCACAACACCACUCGCACCCACAUCCGAAUCAACAUACACACCAACCGUAUCAUACGGCACACCAUCCUUCGAAUUUGAUACCCAGCACGGCAACCAACGUGCAUCGAUCCGGUCUGGGAUUGGGUGCAUGCACCUUGGCUGCAAUGGCAGCUGCGGCCACCGUGGGUCCGAUCGCAUUGAGCGCCCAAUCAAACUGUGUCCUAUUUCCCCGAACUACGUGUAAUUUGGGAGCAAAAGAUAGACGACCGUGUGAUAUCUGCGGGGAUGUAUCGGCUGGUUUUCAUUGCAAUGCCUACGUGUGUGAAGCGUGCAAAGUAAGUCUGGUGUGA